AUGAAUCAUAUACCUGUUGCUGUUGUUACUGGUGCCACCAGAGGUAUCGGUAAAGCUAUCGCAUCUCGAUUAUCCAAAGAAGGCAUGAGUUGCAUACUAAUUGGGUCAACAAAACAAAGUAUAGCGCAAAUAAAAGUACAAGAACAUUUACAUUUUGUAAACCCAUAUCAAAAACAUCGAGCAUUGGCAAUUGAUUUAUCACAGUGGCCGCAAUGGACAUUAAACUCCAAGGGAAUAUAUUCUGGUAUUGAUUUCCAAGGUGAUACUAGUGAUAAGAUAAUACCUGGUCAAUAUAGAUUAUUUCCAAAAGUGAAUCAACAACUUUGGGAAACUCCAAGGACCCAAUAUUAUAUAAGUUUAUUAGUUAACUGUGCAGGAAUUUCACAACAUUCAUUAAGUGUAAGAACUCCAACAGAACAAAUUGCUAGAAUCAUGAAUUUAAAUUUUGCUAGUUGUGUAAGCCUUUCAAAUUUAUCUAUAAAACAUAUGAUGAAGACAGUACGACAAGAUUUGUCAUCAAAACAUUGUAUACCGGGAUAUGUUCCACCAUGUAUCAUUAAUAUUUCAUCCAUUCUUGGUGAACCAAAAAUGACGAUACCAGGAACCACGAUAUACUCUGCGUCAAAAGCUGCAUUAACUCAAUACACAAGAGCUCUCACACAAGAAAUUACUACCUGGGGUAUUCGUGCUGAAUCUAUUUCCCCUGGCCUUGUUACUGGAACUGACAUGACAAACGAAAUGGAUCCAAUUGCGAAAGCUCAAUUGGUAGAUUCCCUGAUAGGAUUACCCACACACACUCCGAAUGAAAUAGCCACAGAAGUAUGGAAAAUAUACUCCGGUAACAAUAGCCUUUGA